AUGAGGUCACUAGCCGACAAAGCUAAGAUGCAAGUGUAUUACUGGCCACAGAUGAUACGAGAUGCAUCCAGGAUGUAUAGAAGAUGCGAAGAAUGUCAGCAUUUUGCUAAAAGAAUCCAUUCCCCGGCAACAAAGCUAAAUUCCGUAGAUAGCCCCUGUCCAUUUUCAAAAUGGGGGGUAGAUAUUGUCGGAACCCUGAUCGAAGGUUCAGGUUCGGCAUUCUUGCAGAAAUUGUCUCCGACAAUGGCCUACCGAACUACACGCAGAUCCGUUACCGGUGAAUCACCGUUCCUCCUCACUUAUGGGACCGAAGCAGUCAUUCCGACAGAAAUUAUCAUGUCAACCACGAAGACCGAAGCAUGGGAGAAGAACUUAACGACGGAUAUGAUGCUGGAAAGGCUCGAUGACCUGGAAGAAAGGAGAGAGGCAGCGCUACAAAGAAUGGAGAACUACCAACGAAGAUUAGCAAGGGAAUACAACAAAAAGGUUAAGCUUAGAAAUUUUGUAGAAGGACAGCAUGUGCUAAGAACUAUACCGCAAUAUCAACGAGAGAGAAAAUGGGGUAAAUUAGCACCAACAUGGGGAGGACCAUAUACAUGA